UUUGAAACUUCAGCUGUUUCAGUGUGGCAUUUGUUUGUUUUGAAUUGGUGGAAUCUUCAGCAGGCAAGUACAACAACGAGCGAAGGACGCCAAUUGCGGGAGAAGGAUAAUUGAGCGCUUUAACCUUCUCGUUUAAUGUUCAAAUUUAUGCCAAAGUAGCGCGUAACAACAGUAGACAAUACAGCGUCCGUGUGGGGGUGCGGUGGGAAAGAUUUGUACGGCACUGGGCCAAAAAAACGUUUUAUAUGCAGGAUGCCGUACUUUUUGGUAGAAAUUCCGGUUCGGACUGGGGGUACAGAGUUGCUUGCUGCGCCAGCCAAUUGGAUACAGCGGCCAGAGGAUGGACUGGCCUUUGUGUACUGGCCGCACGUUAGAAACAUUAGGAAGCUGAAUGCACUGUUUGCAGACGAAUACAGCACACCGUCGGAGGUUUGGGAGAAGCAUGCAUGUGAAAUUCUUUGCCGAAACAUCCCAUCGCUGGAAUCGGCCGAUAAAAUGAUAGAAACGAUGGAAAUGGAAACCGAGCAAUCGAAUGCAACCAUAUUUUUACAAGACACUGCACCAGCUACCCGGCCAAAUAUUCGUGUCAGGCAAGAGCUGCAGGGUAAGCCGGCUGCGAAUCAACGCUCGAACGACAACGUGCAGAAGCUAUUAUCCUGUAUCAACAAGCAGCUGGCGGACAGUGAUCCGUUGUGCGAGGUAAAACCAUGUCCGCAGCUGCUCGACCUGAUGAACGAGCUGAAGUAUAUGAUACAGAGCAAUCAGGAGGAGAUACGCAAGAAGCUAAAGGAAGGAUUUGGUAAAGUAGAAAAAUCGUUGGUUGCACAGCAAAUGGAAGCGCACGUGAGGCAGAUCGCUAUCGAACGCGAGGAAUCGGGCGCAACGGCAAGGAUCCCGGGUUUCGAUCGGACGGAAAAGUUUAAAGUCGACACGCUGUGCGAUAUGGACGAGGUGGAAAAGUUUGAAGAGCGUCUGAAUGAGGAUGAAUAUCUCAAGCAGGUUUGCGGCUGGAUCGAUUCGAGCCUAAGGCUGGUGCGCGAAUCCGAGCACCGAAUGCACAUCCUGCUGGACCAGCUAAUCGACCGGAAGCUGUUUGCCACCUUCAGCUGGACCGGUGCCGGGAAAGAUAAGCAUGCGCUGAACAUGCUGAAAAACAUACUCGGGCUGUUUGAGUACGCAGGCACUACGCCGAUGCAGCGGGUCGAUCAUCUUUCGGUGGAAAGUUUUAUGCGCAAAAAGUUGCACAACUCAGUCACGCGUGCCAAAGCGAAAGGUAUGCGCAGGAGUGUGCCUCACAGCCGUAAGCGCAUUAGGCGGACCCUGCCGGGCACGGUACCGGCGAAGUACGUGCUGGUCAAUACAAAGUCCCCGAAAGUGCCAUCGGGCACGAGAGGACGCGCUUUAGCAAAGAAGGAGGAACAGAGCGGACAAUCGUCAUCCGCAUCAUCAUCAUCAUCAACAUCGUCGUUCAGUGUACAGGUUGCCGCUACUGACAAUCUGAGUGGUUCGGAAUGUAUAAUAAUUAAGGAAGAUCCUGCCGCUUACAUAGAUGUGUUGGAUGACUACGAAGAUAUGGUGGAUUAUAGAAAAUUGCAGAUGUAAAAGCGGAUGUUUCGGUGUAGUGCGCGUCAGUAAAUUAAUGAACACAAUUAAGUAUUCGACUAAACUCGCUUCAUGCUAAGGAACUUGUCUAAGCCUUCUACGUAAGAAUGGAACAAGCAAUUAUCUUGGCGCCUCUCGUAAACUUCUCGAAUCCUGUUCCAUUCCAUUCCAUCGCAAUCCAUUACUAGAAGUAAAGUACCGAAGCCGUUUAUUCUACCGAUAGCAAUAAACUGUCCAUUGAUGUCGUUUCUAUUAAUAGUA